AUGUGCUUUGUCCUGCUUCCGUGGGCAACGAUAUCGAAGCUGCGUAAUGAAGGCAAGUUACAUGUAAGCUUCUCAUAUUCGAUGGUUCACACGACUCCCACCCAUGUGCGGAUGCGGGUCGCCGAGUAUCACGAACGGAGGCCUGCAUUCGGCGCAAACGAGACCCCAAGCACAACGAGAUGUGUUGAAAAUGACAAGUCAAAGAGGCCCGUCAACUUGUAUACAUCUUUCUCAGCAUAUCGCCUGCCUUGCUUCCUUCCUUUGCGAUCUCCGAAAGCAAAUUCCCACCGCGGUUCCUCUGACUUUAUGGCAUUCAGAGUCUCCUCCAAGAAGCCAGCCAUGCGAUUCCAAAACGCUGCCCGACAACAGCGGAGUCUGCCCAGCGUACAUCACCACAAGACUAGUGGUAAAGUCAAGAACCACAAGCCAAAGGCGGACAAAGGAGUUCUGUAUCUCCGGCAAGGAGAGGGCGGUAUCUUUACUCUUCCAGUAAAAUGCGAGUCGGAGGAAGGUCAGAUUUUCAACACGACCAAGAUUGGCACGACUGGCUGCAUCACAUGCGUAGGCGUCUACAUACCGAUCGACGAAAAUCGCUGCUUCGCCGCUCACCUUGAUGGCCGCCUCGAGUUACCCGACAGGAUGACGGAAAUGAAGAUGUUCCAGGUGCCAAACAAUUUUGAAGUCUCAUGCAGGAACGCGGUUCGAUGGUGCCUGGACCGAACAUUUGAAGGCAUGCAAGGAGAUGUUGAGACAAUCCGUACAAGGCAAGAUCUGAAAGACAGAGCAAUCGUGAUCUGUCCAUGGCAAACAGUCGGAGGUCAGAAAGCAACGGGUCACCAUUUCAUCAAAGCGCUCUGCGAGUAUUUCCUUCUGGACGAGACCAAGGUCGUGAAUAAGCAACUAUGUCAUGGCUUCGUCGUCGACCACACGGAUCACUCGACGCAAAGCGUACAGUUUCUGGGAUGGAAUCGUCCCGGUCCAAGCGAGAGCGAUUUCGACAACAUGGUCGAGAUCGCGAGCAAAAUUACCAAGUCCACAUUCCAUGAGAACUGGCGCAAAGUCUUCCGUGUGACGUGGGAGUACGUUAUGCCAGAUACUCUGGGAUGGAUGCUGGGUAUACAGCAAGACGGAUCGGACGGAGUGCCUUGGCAAAUCACUGGAUACGAAGGCGGAAAGUGGACGAGAGGCGUACCAUAA